AUGAACCGUUCCCGUUCGGUUCCCCCUGGUGGCCAGGCGCAACAAUCCGUUGCCAAAUUGGCAUUCGGUGGACUCGGCGGGGCUGGCGGCGGAGCUGGCCUAGCGACGGUCCUAAACACCCGCGGCGGAGCAAUGAUAAUGAAGAGCGUUAGCAUUUUCCUGGCCAGUGGCAGACGAGCCUCCGCGGUAUCCAGAGAUCGAACCAAAUCGGGCGACCGGUGCCAAUCGACGGCGGAUCGGCGACGGCAGCAGCAACUGCAGCAACAACAACAGCAGCAGCAGCAGCAACAAGGUGGACGACGGGAGUCUCGUCGCAAUCGGAAGAUACUGGCCAAGAUGGACGAGCUCAACGGGAAGCUCAACCCGAAGAUGCUGGAGAUGUACAAGCGGCGGACACAUUUUUCCAAGAUCGAGGUGGAAGCCCUGUGCAAGAUCUUCCGCAAGCUGGUUACGAAUGCCACGCUCAAUUCCAAAGCUCUGGCGGCAAACAAUGCCGGAGUGAUUGCCAAGGCCGGUUCUUCAACCGACGGGAUAGAUCGGUCGGUGUUCCGCGAGUUGCUGCACAGUACGUUCGACAUCGUCACGGAGGAGACGCUGAUGGAGCGAAUUUUCUGCGCCUGGGAGAAAGGGUACGAAGGAUUGCCGAUCCGGUUGGAAGGGUGGAUUCUGGGGUUGUCGACCUUUUUGAAAGGAACGCAGGCGGAGAAGACGGCUUUCUGCUUUCGAGUUUACGAUCUCAACAGCGACGGGUACAUAACGAAGGACGAGAUGUUUGCCCUGUUGAGAAAUUGUCUGAUCAAGCAGCCGCAGGAUGAGGAUCCGGACGAGGGGGUGAAAGAUCUGGUGGAGAUCGCCCUGAGGAAGCUGGAUAUGGAUAAGGAUGGGAAGGUCUCCUUCCAAGACUACCAGGAAGCGAUCGCCGAGGAACCGCUGCUGUUGGAAGCCUUUGGUCAGUGCCUACCAUCGGAUCGUGCUACCGUAUCGUUCCUGUCGACGUUGCAAGCUCAAGAGGAAUCAACAUAAGGCGCUGCACUUCCUGCUCUCUGCGGUCUGGGG